CGUGGGACAAAGAAGAAGAAGAAGAUUCUGCGAGCUCGCCGUUCUGUGCUGUUAUAACCAGACUUCGGGCUCCGCAAACUGUGAUCAUGGCUUCUUCGUCCGAAGGUCAGUUUCGAAGCCUUUCCCGCGCAAUCGGCGACAACAUUCAAAAGAUCUCCGGAAACGUGGCUUCUAUGCGACACCGAUGGUCCUUCGCACCGGGCAUCUCUUUACAAAGCAACCUACUAGCGGACACUAGCGCCUUGGCCAAGGAGACAACCAGCAUGUUGAAGUCGUUGUCCUUACUGCGUGGAGCCGACGAGCGCCAGCAGAGAUUGCUCAGGGAAAAGCUAACGAACGACUUUUCCAACGUGUUGCACGAUUUCCGAAGCUUCCAACGAGAACAAAUUGAAAGUGAAAGCGCCAGAAAGAUCCCGAGGAUGUCAUUGAAUCCGUUUGCUGAAGAGCCGGAGACACUGAUUGAGCUGAAUCCAUUUGCAUCACAGAGACUGGAUCAUGGAUUGCAGUCUCUGACGGACCAAGACGAUGACUUGGAGUUACUCCGUGAGAGAGAGCGAUCAAUCCGCCAAUUGGAAUCCGACAUCGUUGACGUGAAUACUAUAUUCAACGAACUCUCCUCCAUGGUCCACGAGCAAGGAGAAAUGAUCGACAGCAUCGAAGCCAACGUCGAGAACACCUCCUUGAGCGUCGAACACGGGAUGCAACAGUUGGCCAUGGCCAGCAGACACCAGCAGAAAGCACGACGGAAGAAAUUUUGCUUCUCCAUCUUCUGCAUCGUACUUGUAGCCAUUAUCAUCGCGCUCAUCGCGUUGUCCUUCAAGAAACGGUGAUCGUCCCAAAUAAAGACCGUUUUUUUUUGUUA